AUGGGAACCAGCCAAAUGUUGAUAGAUACGUCCAGGAGAGAUUUCCGACACUUCAUUGAUGGCCUUCACACAAGUCUGAUGCAGCUUGCGGUAGGCCUCAUCAGCGAAAUGAAGCUAGACAGAUGCACACAGUUACCCAAAAGGCUGAUAAACUCAAUCGUCGAGGACGUGGAGAUGCUAGGUUUUGAAGUUCCAGUGCAAGAAGGACCUCUCAACGUCGGCAGGAGGACGGCGCUUGGAAUAUUUUAUAUUGCAACCUCGUGCAGCAAUUCUAACCACGUUGUUGUCUACACCAGGGCUUCACUUCUCUUGAGUAAAUCGUCUUGCAUGAGAUACAAUGAGACCUUUGAAAGAUUUUGCCAAGUCCUACUUCACGAUCGAGAGUAUCCCACAGACACGCUUCUAGUUCAACUCGUUAAGAUUCAAAUAAUAGCUUCUAAGUUAAUCACUGCAUAUACAAAUGCUGCUGGAGAUGGAGUCUAUGAGCAAAGUUUCCACUCAAUGACUGUUUCAUUAAUUCGCAAAGAAUUGGAUGAUUUUACAUCUCAGCUACCACCAGAGCUUGCAUCUAAUCAUCUUAUACGAAGCCACAAACAGGCCAUCUUGGUUCGAUUAUAUGAACCUGCAAUACACUCAGAACCUCAGAAUUGGCCAUAUGCAUCACUAUCAAGGACCGAAGGAAUUUGGAAUUGUUUCCAGAACGCUAUAACACUGUGUUUUAGUUUCAUGGAAACACCGCACGACGUGAUCUCCUGCCUUACUUUUCCAUACACUGCACAUCUAACUAUGGGCCUCAUCAAGAUGAUCAAGCUUCUUCGAAUUACAGGUGAUCGUGAUUGGGACGCGAGAGUGGCGGAAAAGGAAGUCAAUAUUGAAGAUCUAAUACAGCGGCUGAGUGAUUUUUUCAGAGCCGGCAGCUUGGUCAUGGGACCGAGGCGAAGAAUCAUCGACCAAAGCCAAGAUAUUCUGGCUCAGUACGCGGAUAGGCUGGGAAUGCUUAAAAUAUGGUGUUCUUUAUACCUAAGCGGGAACGCAAUCAACCCGGUUGGAUCUGGGGAACAGAUGGCCGACAGCAACAUAAAUUUUGGAUUGGAGGGAAAUUUGGCCUUCUGGCAGAUGUUUGUGGAUGGGAGUUCCUGA